AUGGACCGCUGGCGAGGCAAGGUCGCUCUAGUGACUGGCGCCUCGGCGGGCAUCGGACGCGCCGUCGCCAAGGAGCUGGUGCAGCAGGGGCUGGUCGUCGUGGGCGUAGCCAGGAGGCUCCACCUGCUGGAGGAGCUGUCUCAGGAGGUGUCCCAGCUGUCGCUGCCGGGCCAGCUGGUGCCGCGCCAGCUCGACGUGACCGAGGACGAGGCGGUCGAGGCGACCUUCCGCUGGGCGGACGACACCCUGGGCGGCGUCGACGUCCUCGUCAACGCGGCCGGCGUCACCUCCAGCUGCAGCCUCCUGGCGACGAUAGCUCGCCACGUGCGGGCCGCCGCAGUCGGCAGACUUCGGCGCGUGCGACCUCGGAAGUGGGCAGAGCCUACUUGCGUGGGCGCCUGCGCACUUCACACGUCCCUCGGGAAAGGAACGGUGGCGGGCGACGUGACCCAUCCCCUGGCAGCGGAACCACUGGGCCAGUCCCCUCUUCUGUUGUAG